AUGGGAAGACCUAAAAAAGCAGUAAGUGAAGAAAACAUAGAGAGGUUUCAGAGAGAGUUGGAACUCGCGGGAGAUAAAUUGGAUGUUCUUCUGAAAGACAAGAAAGGUAGAUCGAGAUCAUGCCUUCUUUGCAGAAGACGUAAACAGAGGUGUGAUCACAAGCUUCCCAGUUGUACAGCUUGUCUCAAAGCUGCUGUCAAGUGUGUUCAACCAGCUCGAUACUUCACUUCUAGCAAUAACUCAUCGGCUAGCAGCCCAAAUACACCGCAAUCAAAACCCGACAAAAUUGCAAAACCGAAAGCAAAAUCAACAAAGAAAGCUAAAAAUUCUACUGUUAAGGGUUCAGAACAAUCACAACAUCCACACGAAUACGCAUCUAAGUUACAAAACGUUAUAGAUUCCCAAAACUUCCCAGUACCUAACUCCCAUGUUGCGAAUUCCAUGUAUAGAAGAAAUAUGCCAAUGCAGAAUAAUUCUCAUAUGAUGAAUAUGCCUUAUAAUGGAGCUAACGAUUCUAUACACAUGCAUCUACAACAAAGUCCGAUCGUGCACCAGAUACAUUCGCCUUACAUUAAUAAAGAACAUCAUACAGAUUCCAAUAACUCGAUGACAUAUGCAUCUAAUCCAAACUCUCCCUUACCAAACACAUCUACCACGUUACAGCAUUUCCAGCAUGUAUAUUCAAAUGGUAAUGGCUCAAUGAAUAACAUUCAUACCUCUAAUAAUAUGCUCCCCAAGCAGACAAGCUUACCACCUUUAUCAACACCUUUGAUGAAGCAGGAAUACAACAACUUUUCAAUGCAAAGGAGCCCUUCAAAUGAACAAUAUGUAGCAUCGUGCCCAGAAUCCGAAUCCUCAAGGAUAAAUUUACCAGUUUCUCUAACAAAGGUAGCUAAGAAAAAUGAGUCGAAGAAAAAGAAGAAUAAAAAUGAAACGAAUCAAGACAAGGAUGAAUAUACAUUAUUCUUGGAAAAGAAACUUAAAUAUCUGGAGAAAAUUAUAGACACACAACCAAACUCUCCUGCCUACUUGAAAAAAAUCAAGCAAUAUAAGAAGAUUUCCCAUCUUCUUGGGGAUAUAGGAAACUUAGAAGACAUUGAAAAGAAACUUAAGAAAGAAAAUAAUGCUGCAGGUUCACCACAAGCUGGUAACAAUUCAUUGGGGCAACCAUCUUCAGCUAUUUCUACUCCAACAGCAUCCAUAGCUACACCAAAUUCUGGUAUUCUACCUCUGCCACCUGUGCAAGGGAACCAUUCUAAUGUUUAUCCAAUUAGAUCACCAUACACUUCUAAUGGAACCCCGGUAGAUUCUACAAACAAGGAUACAAUACCGGCAUUGUCUUCGGACUCCUUAGAUUCAGUCGAUUUUUCGAAGUGCAUAUUCGGAAAGUAUAACCUUAAAGAGUUCUUAUCAUAUGACCCUGCGUUUGAGUUUGACGAGCAACUAUCGAGAUCAUUCUUAGACACCUUUUUCACCAGAUUGCAAUUCAAAUAUCCACUUUUAGAUGAAGAUGAAAUCUACACAUUUCAUGAGAACUAUUUGAAAAACCAAAUUUAUUCAUAUUCAGAGACAAACUUCCAUUUUGCAUGUGGCCGUAUGUGGAUGGUUUUCACAAUUAGUGCAUGUCUACCUAUGACAACUGGUAAAUAUAAGGGACAACCUCCAGUACGGUAUUUUUCAACUGCUAUUAGACAUAUAACUAGAUGUGGAAAUAAACUUACUCCUGUCCAGGAACUAGAAUUAUCAACUCUGCUUGUAUUAUACAUAGUUCGUACUGAUAGCGACUCCAUGCUUUUGUAUGAAAUUAUCAAGGACGUUAUGAACAUAUGCAAAAACAAACUGCAAUUGCAUAAGUGGCACGCAAAUGACCAAUUUGCAAGUAAGAAACUAAGAUUAUUCUGGUGUGUUUACUUAUUAGAAAGGAUGAUUUGUGUUGCUGUUGGUAAACCAUACACAAUUCAUGAAAAUGAAAUAGAAGUACCAUUUUUUGACGAAAAUUCAUUCUUCACACAUAGCACUUUUAAUACUUCGUCUCCAAGAAGAAGCGGAGUCCAUUUUAUCAAUCAAUCUUUGAAGCUAAGAAGAAUCGAGUCACACUUUGUUGAGGUUUUAAAAAUUCUACCGGCAACUGAAAGAAGGACUAACAAUAAAUCUGAGAUUGAAAAACAACUCCCUGUUGUGAAACGAGCAUUUCAUGAACUAGAGCUUUGGAGAGCUGGUUGUUUGAGCAACGAGUUGAGAAAUUUUGAGAAUGAAACCCUAAAACUGUAUUAUUAUAGAUCUGUGAGAUUAUUAAUCCAACCUUUCUUAGAGGUCCUCAGACCAGAGGAUAGGCUUUUCAGGGAAUGUCAAGCCUCUGCUGGACAAAUUUGUCAACUUUACAAAAUCUUUCAUCAGAAAACGGUAACUGGUCAUUCCACGCCUGCUGUACAUACAGUAUUUGUUGCUGGAGUUACGUUAAUUUACUGUAUGUGGUUAGCUAGGAAUUACGAUGACGAAAAGAGAAGGAAAUUAGGUGAUAUUUCAAAACACACCAGGCCUCUUGUCAGUGCUAGUCUGUUCUCGACAAUGGACGACCUGAGAGCGUGUUCAGUUUGUCUAUAUGUGAUGACCGAAAGAUCCCACUUCGCUAAAAUUUUCCGUGAUACUUUCGAUCAAUUGAUGAAUGCCACUGUUGGCAACCUUAUCGAGCGUUGUGGUCCUGACUCAGCUGAAUUAAUCUAUAUGAAACAAAACAAGAAGAAAGGAAAUACAGGGAAAGGCAAUCAAAUCACAGAUGUAUGCGGAAACUCAGAUGAACCUAGGAAUAAAUCUAAUAUGUCAAAGGAAGAUUCCAAAAAUCAAACAAAAAGUAAAGCGGAUCUUGAUGAUGAAAUUUCCUCUACUUCAUCUGAUAUGAUGAUAAGCAAAAAUGGUAUGCCACCUGCUGUUGAUAGAACUUUUGGUAAAAGACAAGCUAGUGAGCAUGUUGGUUUUGUAGAAAACUCUCAAGUUGAUCUUGAUAAUGCCGAGAAGGAAAAACUCAAAAUGCAAAAAGGUGUGCUGGAAAAAACAACUGUUCCCAAGGGUUUGUCACAUCUACUUAUAGAAGAAAAUGAAAUGUUAAUGGAAGAAAACAACAAAUGCAACGAGGAAAAGAGUCAAUCCCUUUUAUCAAAAAACAGUCCUGAACCUACUCACUUGAUAAGAAAUACAGAAAGUGUGAAAAGUAUGGAUAGCAGUGGUACAAGCUCACCUGUCAUAAAUGAAUAUAUUGUUCAGAAGCCUAUUAAUGCUACUUCGUUUGAUUGGAACUUAUUUAAACAACAAGCGUUCCUACAGCAACACCUGGCACAGCAAAAUCUUCAAGCAUAUUUAUCAUCAUUGAAAUAUGAAAAUGAUGGCCUAGAAUCUAAUUCUGCUAGUGAACAGGCUGGACAUUCUACUAGUUUUACAGGUCAACUUGGAUUUAACCCAUCCACUGAUAACAGAUUCAAUAUGAAUAAUGGUGCUAGAAACCAAAAUGGAUUCCCAACUUUGAUUAAUAGCCCAUCUGCAUCAUUAGGUGCCAAUUCACCUCCUUUAACGACAGAGACGUAUCCACCUCAUGCCAAUGUGUCUUCUUCCAAAAAAGAGGAACGCGACCCUAACCUGCAUUAUAGCAGUUCUGUUAAUAACCAGUCACCUUUGCAUUCGGUAACUAGUGCCCAUACUCCGAAUAACCAAACUUCUCAACCAGGAAAUCCUACUUCAUAUUCCUCGGCUAAUCCUAACAAUAAUAUCUUGAAUGUAUCCUCCAAUACUGCAAACAAUAAAACAAAUGGAAUGAUUCUGUUUAGUAAUGGUACCCAUGAUAUGAUUAAUAAUAUUUCAACCUGGACAAAUGACUCAGUUGUCGAAUUCAUGAAUACAGAAGAUGACGGCUUGAAUUCCAAAAGCACGGGUGAAAUGUCACAAACCAAAACGACUAGCGUUCAGAAACCAAAUGAAUUUACCUCUGGUAAUGCGAAUACUGGAGGGCAAAAUACCAUAAGCAGAAGCGGUACUCCAGCUUGGAGUAUGGCAAAUGGAUACAUGUCUGGUAUUACUUUUAGUAGUGGAACUGAUGCAAGGAAUGAUACUAGUAAUGGCUCCAACCCAACCAGUAACAAUAAUGGCAACAAUAGUAAUAUCGAUGGAUACAACAUGAAUAUAUUUUCCAGCAUGGGCUCUUUACUACACAAUGGGGCACCAUCAGUAGAUGCUGAUGGAAACAAUGACGGUACAGAAAUAUACUCAGAGAUGCUAUUUUAG